CUCUCCGAGAGUUUUGUUGCGUCAUUACUGACAUCCAAUGCCCCCCCGGCGGCCUCCUCGUCGGUUCUCAAAGAUGUCGGUAUCUGCACCUACGAAUUCCAGCCAAAUUCUUCCAUACGCGCGACCUUGAAGAAAAGCUCUACAGAUGCCAAUUGUUUAGCCGUCAGUGCCUCACACAUAUUUGCUGCCCAGGUGCGCAAGGCUGUGAUCCAUGUGUAUAGCCGAGAACGGGGAAACCAAGAAGCCACGAUCCCAUUUCCCGAACGGAUACGCAGCAUUGCAAUUGCGGGUAAAGAGACCGAGGGAGCUGCGGUAUUGGUACUAGGGACCGAAGGCGGAAGGCUAAUCCUAUGGGAGGUAUGCACCGGACGACAAGUUUCUACCCCUGCAGCGCAUUUGCAACCCAUUACCUCCCUGGUCGUUGACCCGACGAAUAACUUCAUCCUAUCCGGCUCCGAAGAUGGAAGCAUACACGUGUGGUCGCUACCCAGCCUGAUCUCCUUCUCGAAACCCCGUUCUGCUGGGCAAAACCUAUCCCCUUCUAAUUCGCCGAUUCGCACUAUUUCUAGCCACUCUGCGGCGAUCACGAGCAUUGCCGUUGGACAUAGCUCUAAUAGGAACAACAUUGCUAUAUCCGCUUCCAAAGAUAAGACGGCAAUUGUCUGGGAAUACCGAACAGGAAAGAUACUACGGACAUUUCUCCUCCCUGGAAACCCACUCUGCCUUACGGUUGAUCCCGCCGAUCGAGCGUUUUAUGUUGGAUAUGACGACGGCAGCACCCAGCUCAUUGACUUCUUUACGAACCCUUCUACCCAGCACAUUCUUUAUGAUGCUAGCCAGCAGCAAACUCCUUCCCAGUUAUCCGCCAGUGACCGGUGGCUGCCACCCUCGACAGAUCUUGGAGCUGUAGAAUGCCUUACACUAUCGUAUGACGCAACCAACCUUCUUUCGGGGCACAGGGGUGGUGCAGUGGUUUCCUGGGAUGUCGCCAAAGGCAGAUUCGCAUCCACUGUCACCACAUUCAAUUAUCCAGUCACCAAUCUACAGAUGCUUCGACCGGUCGGACUACCAAAAUCCGGCCACAGAAUAGCCGUUCAUAAUGUUGUCAAGCCGCGAUAUGAUCCCGAGCUUUCGAGUACACAGUCUCUUGGAGAUGCCGUUCCCGCAAGUUACUCAUUUACUGCCCAUUUCACAUCAUCUUCCUUGCCUGACGCUUCAUCAAUCGCCGGGGAUGGAUUUACAGCUGCCCUUGCCCAUCAAUUCUUUCCAAAUUCUCUGAUAUCCGAAGGUCUGGCGGAACUACGUGCCCUCCGCACAGCCCCAGUAAGCUCGUUAACGCAAAACCAAGUCCAACUUAGCGGACGAUCACACUCAGAAGACCAGUCACGCCUCUCCUCCCUCGAACAAGAAGUUGAAGCCCUCAGACGCCAGCUCUCCGUCCACGAAUCCACCCGUGACGCCAACAUGACUGAAAUUGUCAAGCUUCGGACGUAUGCCACUGGCCUUGAAGAUUUAACCAAUGAGCUCCUCGACGAGCGCGAGAGAGCACAGCAGUUAAAGCUGAAGAGGCAGGGCGGGAAAGAAGAGAAAGCUCUGAAGCGUAGAGAAGCGUGGUUUGAGGCUGAGAAACGGGGAAAGAAUGGUGACGUGGUCAUUAGAAAAAUGGAAGAGGAAGAUGAUGAUGAGAACACGAGUGGAGGCGAUGAGAUGAGCAGUGAGGACUAAGAAGGCCUGAAAGGAGGCAGUGCAAUUAUAGAGUACAUACGGUUCCUAAUUUUGGCGGAUUCGCUUCUUGGACAAGCUUUGAUUCUCGGGUAACAGGUGUACAAUAGGCUAAACGGCGUUAGGAUGGGUGGAUGG